UCUUCAUCGACUGAGAUGGUUGGGCCACGUGUUACGUAUGCCUGAACACCGAUUACCACGACGUGCAAUGCUAACCGGCGUUCGGGAUGGUUUAAAGAAAGUGAGGGGCGGCCAAACCAAAAUGUGGCAUCAGUGCUUAAAGUCACUAACUUCUGUAUUUAUUUAUCCAUGAUUAAGACAGCUCAUAGCGUUUCCAAUCUACGCUCUAAUUUGGAAUUAAGUCCAUGUGUGAUUAAACGUACACAAAGUUCUCAUUUCGUGCAGAUACUUGACGAAUCUAUGUGUGUUGUUCGUGAAGAUCUUACGGAAUGGUUACAACAUUAUUUAUUUUCAACGGCUAACGCAUGUCCCAUAGAAGCACAUUAUCUACUUUGUCGUUUAGCAUCAGGUCUGUGGCUUUCUAGACUAGCUUAUAAACUACAUUAUUCGAUUUUGGAAUCAGGUUAUCAAAUUGCAUUAAAAUCAAAAUCAACACAUAAUAAUAACAAUAAUAAUAAUGGUCGUUCAUAUGAAUUUCUGAGAGGUGCAGUGUCCAAUCGUGACUUGAAAAAUCUUACUCCAGUUUCAUUACCAUCAUUUCCCUCCACAUUAACCGAUUGUGCUAAACUACCACUUGGUCCGUCAGAUCUCUGUUCCUUUUCAUCACAACCUUCUACUCAUAAACGUAAUUCAAAUAUGUCAAAUUGUGAUAUGGAUUUUCCUAAAGAAAAUAUCUCAAUAAAAUCUCGAGUUGCUGAUCGUUGGAUAGCUCGUGAUAAUGUUAGUGCGUUUAUUAAAUGGUGCAAAGAUCUGGGUGUACCAGAAACAAUAUUGUUUGAAACAAAUGGAUUAAUGAAUAAAACCGAAGAGAAAAAUGUUUUGCUUACUCUAAUGGAGGUUGCACGUAUUGCAAGUCGUUACGGUCUCACUGAUCUACCGUACUUAGUUCGUAUGGAACGUGAAAUUGAUGAAUUGGAAGCAAAACAUUCACAAGAUCAAAGUGAAAUAAAUCGUUUAUACCAUGGUAGUAAUAAUAAUAAUACAAAUCAUUUUACUACUCAUGCAGUGAUUAAUUUGGAAAGAAUUGAUAAUGAAAAAAUGGAUAAUUGUAGAUCUACUUCUAACUUAGAAAUAACUGUAAAUAAACGAAAAGCAAAAUCUCAGAAAUCUUCUAACUUCAAUACAAUUUCUGAUGAUAAUCACACGAAUAAAAAUUCUAAUAAUUUUAAUACAGUUCUAAUUGAUUCACAUUCUGAAAGUCAAUUUAUGAACAAUGGGAAUGGUGAUAAUUCUGUACAAACAUCUACUGAUAAUCAAGAUAUUUCUUGUGGUUGUAAUGUAUCAUUGUUAUCAAAUCAUUGUUCACAAAAUGAUGCUUCAAAUAAUAAUAAUAAUAAUAAUAAUAAUAAUAAUAAUAAUAAUAAUACCAUGUAUACCAAUUCACAUUCAGUGAAUAUACUCGAUGUAUAUAAUAAGAAUCAAUGUGAUCUUUGUCGAAAUGGUUCUUCUCAAGUUGAUAAUCCGAUUAGUAAUAAUCAGAACUCUACUUGUCAUCAUCACGCAUUAUUUGAAAUAAACAAUUCAGAAAAUUCAAAUUCUGCUAAACGUUCAAGAGCUUUGAAUGGCUCUCUUAUAUCCUUAGAAGAUAAUAAUGAUGGUCUGAGCAAGGUAGUUACAGACCAAUUUGUACAACAACAAGUGAUUGGUAAAUGUUCACCUUAUGUUACCAAAAGAAAAAGACAACAAACAUUGAAUAAUCUAGAUCUCCAUUUACCGAUAAUUGAGGUAACACCAGUCAAAAUUACAAAAACAGUAAAUAUUUUAUCAUCUGCUAUAAAUUCAAAUAAUUGGUGUAAUGACCACUUAUCGUCACCUAAUAUCGAUUCAACUAAUAAUUGUGUAUCAUCUCUGAGUUCAUUUGAUCUACUAAACAGUCCUGUUACUAAUUCUUUAAGUAUUUUACAAGUUGAAUCACCUAAAUUGAAAAUAAUGAAUAGAAAAUCGGACUUGAAAAAUUUACCAAAUAUUAAGAUUAAUACUCCAUCGAUACUUAGUGUACCACUUAUGGAUUGUUUAAUUUAUAAUGAGAAUUAUCAAGAUCCAAUAUCGAUUGAUCCUUUCACAAUAUCAUCUGAUGAUUGUCUGAUUGAUAAUCAGGUGAAUAGGAAGUUGGCCCAAUGUACAUGUUGUAAUAAAUUGCAUAUGCAGCGUUUAGAAGAAGGUCGAUAUAAGCUAGGUUCACGUAUUUAUUACUUACGCAGAUUUCGUAAUCACGUCAUGGUUCGAGUUGGCGGGGGUUGGCUAACAUUAGAUGAGUUCUUGCAUCGUCAUGAUCCGUGUAGACGAGGAGUUCACUCAUUUAAUAUGGAACCGGCAGUUGUAACUAAUGAUAUCCCUCACAUCAAGUCAUGUCUUAAUGUCCCUAAACCAAUUCGUCGACAUUCCGAAUUUGAAUCUCCACCUAUUUCACAGAUCAAUUCCAUGAGUAAUUUCAGCAGGCAGUGGUCUUGUGGUAGUAACAGUAGUAUGGAAAGUCCGAGAAGUGAUUCCAGUAUGAUUGACACUGGAAUAGUUAGCGAGAUUUCCAGUGGAGGAAGCAUUUCUCAAGCAUCUUCUUCAUUAAACUCCAUUAAACAAAAACAAGAAAGACCAAAAACAACCGCUCGCCUUACCAUACCAAAGGCUCCAAAUCUUAGGACGGCUUCACGGUCUCGUGAUACGUCUAAGAAAAAUUUAGAUUCUGGGAAGAAAAUUUCAGAUAUUGCUACUGCUGUUACACAUUCUCGUGCCUCUUCGGCAAAGCGGACAAAUGUUCCAGUAAAUAAUACAACAAAUUUUCGAACACCAUCCCAGCCCCGUAAUCUUUCAUCAAAACGUGAAGACUCUGUAUCAAGAGCUUCAAAUAUCCGAAAAGUUUCAAAAUCACGUGAAUCCUCCGCUAAACGUGAAGAAUCCACACUGACAAAUUGUCGCGCGGAUUCUACAACUCGUCGGACUCUUUGGAGAAAUUAAUUCCUACAUUUUCUUUCUCUUUUUAAAAAAACUCAUUUGGUUGAUUUUAUUUGAUUAUUUAUUUUACCACCAGUUAUAAAAUUCCAUUUAACUGCUUUUUUGGUUAAGAUUCCUUUACAGAUAAUCUGUCAUACUUUGUGCAGAAUACAACUUCACGAAAUAGGUCCACUUGUUUUUGCUUUCGUCAUUAACAUUAUUUUACUAUGUUUUCUGGAAUCUUUGUACAUACGGAAUUUCUUAAAAUACUAACUCACAUUAUAUAACCUUGUAAUAUCUUUGAAGAAUAAUAAAGUAUAAUAUUUAUUAGUAUUGAAGUAAGAUAAAAAAAGGAGAAUUCUGGUCUUUUUGUUAUGUCAUCUAGUAAUUCGAUUUUUCUAAACCGUUGUUUUAUUGGACGAACUUUAUUGUAGUUAUAGAGACAGAAUAAUUCAGUAUUAUUGUGUUCAUGUUUUACAGUUGUUAUGAGAUAAUGGGGGAAUAUUUGUAGACCAAGAUGAGAAUGUUGGAGAUGUAGUUUCCCUUGAGAUUAGAGAACUCAAUACUAAAACAAAUUAUUAUUAAAUCAUUAUUGAACUCAGUUCUCUAAAUAUAUCCUUUAGAAUUUUUGUGUGGUAUUAUUAUUCUAUUUUCUUGAAGAGAAACAGUCAUAAAAUGCAUAAAGCUUGAAUAUGACCCAAGACUACGUGAAUACUUUGUACUUGAAAAGUGCAAAAGAUAUUUUGUACAAGUUAGUGCUUUUAUCAAACUUAUCCGUCUUCGAUUUAUUGGUAACUGAUGAAAUGUAUAUGGUGUGUAAGAAGGUGUAGUUUUAUUCAUGCAUACUAAAGUUGUACAAUUACAACAAUCGCAUCAAAACUAUCUUUUAUAUUUCCGGAUUUCAGUUUGAUAGAAUACAGUCACCUAUUCACCAGUAGAUCAUAUGGAUUGAUAUUUCAUUAUCUGAGAUUAUUGUGCAAAAGUAUCUAAAUUAUACAUAAUUAAUUUCAAUUAGUGAAUAUAUUGUGUACAUAGAUUGCGAAUAUCGAACCUCUUGAUUGUUGAUUCUUAAAUAUCUGAUUUACCAAGGAAUUUAACAUUUCAAAC